GUGGAUCGCCUCGUCCGUGUGCCCACGUUCACCUCCUUGUCUAAACUCGGUCAUCACGUCUUUUAUGGCAUCGCUGUGACCUAUCUUGUUAUUCUCUGUGUUUUUGAGCCGUUUGGAGCUGGAAUGGUGCCGCCAGCGCCGAAGGCAGCAUUAAGUGCGGAAGACGCGAUGGAAGCUAUUCGCGAUUACACCAGCACUUCCGCUGAGUGGCGCAUACCACCGCUCUACGCACGCAAUUGGUGA